AUGUCUUUGAUUGUUAGAAAUAUAUCAAGCAUUAGAGAAGAAUGGAGAUAACUCAUGAAAAAGAAGAUUAAAAAAACUAAAAGAAAGAAUUAAUAUACUAUACCAUAUAAGUUUGAUGAUGAUAUUUAGAAUACUAAAUAAAAAGAUGAUUCAUUGCUGAUUGUAUAAAAUAUUCCAACAACAAUCCCAAAUAACAAUAUUUUCAGAUUAAAAACCAAUAUUUAGUUUUCUUUAAACAUAAACAAGGAUUAUUCAUUAGGUUCACUAUUUGUGGACCCUCAUUCUAACAAUUACAAAAUUAUUAGAAUAGAUAAAAGGAAAAACCUCUUCAUACUUACUUUAGAUUAAAUAGAUAGACCUAUAACUCCACCAGAAGUUCUGUAUUCUAUAUUUAGAGAUAGAAACACAGAAUUGGCCUAAGCAUUUAUGUAAUAUAAUAAUAGAAACCUUGAACCUACUAAAUGCAAAUUGUACACGAUAUAAGAAAUGUUAGAUUUUGAAUAAAAAAUUUAAGGGAUGCCUUAUGCAGUUUAUGUAAAUAUUUAUAAAGAUGGCAUAUGGAAAACAUUUUAAAAGAUUUUUAACUAAGAAUUACUACAGAUUUUGGCUAUAUCAGAAGAGAUGCUAUUUCAUUAUUGUAAUGAAACUAAGUUAAUUCCUAUAAGUGCUUAUUUUGAUCAGAAUGAUGAAUAGUUGAAUGUUUUUUACAAAAUAUUUAAAGGAAUUGUUGGUCAAUAAUCAAUAAAACGAGAAUAUAUGAAUUACAAUGGAGAACAAUUUACUGCUUCUCUAAUAGUUUAAUGUUUCUUUAUUUAUGAUGAAGAAAAAGAUAUGUUGUUUGAUUAUACAUACUUUGUAACAGAUUGUGAUAAGAAAUGGUUAUCUUAGGAGAGAGUCAGAUAGAAUGAGUUGGAUUAUUUUAAUAUCAAACCUAAUUCUUGUUCAACAGAAGAAUCCUCUUAUUAAGAGCCAUUAAAGAGAUGUGGAUUCAAAAUUUUGAAUUAGAAGUGA